AUGGGGCAGACGUGCUUGGAGCCAUAUAUUGAAGGAAGGAAGGCAGCCACGGCCGCUUUCAUUCUUUUCUCUGGCGAGAGUGGAACUUCACGUGUGGUAACCAUAACCUAAAAUUUUAACACGUGUAAAUUCUAUACUUUCGGUUUAGAUAUCGUAGCGUGUAUAAGUAUUCAGACACGGUCAGUGAUUUUUUUAGAAAAUAUUUUGGAAUUAUUUCCAAAAAAAAAAUAUAUAUAUAUAUAUAUAUAUUUGUAAAUAGAGAUUUGAAAGGAUUAAGAAAAAAUAUAUUGGAAGAAAAGGAUAGUGGCCAAAUAAUCAUAAAUAUCCUCGGAGAAGGCUGAUGGCACGAUACCUUAGUCGUCAAUCAGAAGAAGAUAACACGUGUAAACUCACGUGUAACUGAAAUUAUAUAGCACAGAUGCUAAUUAAUUUUUGUUUACUACUUCGAAAAGAAGUAAUUUAAAUCUAAUAAUUCCCAAGUUGGUGAGCAUUUAUAUUUUGACACAAAGGAGAAAAAUCUAAGCUAGCAAGAUGUCUGAAAUGGACAAGGGAGCGGAGCACAAGUCUCACAGGGAACGUACUGCAGGGCGUAAAGCAGAGAAAAAGAAGAUAAAGAAGCAACGCAUUGGAGAGUUAACGGAUAAGCAGAGAAAUCCAAAGGCAUUUACGUUCAACUCAGUGGUGAAGGCUGAAAGAAAAUUCAGACGCAAGCAGGAUAUUGAGACCAAGAAACAACAUAUACCUUUGAUCGACAGAACACCCUUGGAACCACCACCAGUCCUAGUGGCUGUGGUAGGUCCCCCAAAGGUGGGAAAGUCCUUGGUUAUCCAAUGUUUGAUCAAGAGCUAUGUGAAGCAGCCUUUGACCAACAUAUCGGGUCCAGUCACUGUUGUAUCUGGCAAGAAGCGAAGAGUAACAUUUAUGGAGUGUAACAACGACAUCAACAGCAUGAUAGACAUCGCUAAGGUGGCAGAUCUGGUGUUGCUACUGGUGGAUGCAUCCUUUGGAUUUGAGAUGGAGAUAUUCGAGUUCCUGAAUAUAUGUCAGGUACAUGGUAUGCCUAGGAUAAUGGGAGUGCUCACUCAUCUGGACUUGAUCAAGGACGCCAAGCAAAUGAGGAAAACCAAGAAGGCACUGAAACAUCGUUUCUGGACGGAGGUGUACGCCGGCGCUAAGCUUUUCUAUCUUUCGGGGUUACUGCAUGACGAGUACCUGCGUACGGAAAUAAAAAAUCUGGCGCGCUUCAUAUCGGUCAUGAAGUUCAGACCCUUGACUUGGCGCACCACACAUCCUUAUAUUUUAGCUGACAGAGUGGAGGACUUGACGUCGCCGGAAUUAAUUAGGCAGAAUCCAAAGACAGACAGGACAAUCAGUUUGUAUGGAUAUGUCAGAGGAAUACCUUUGAAUAAAGAAACAUCCGUUCACAUACCCGGUUGCGGAGACAUGAAGAUCAAAGACGUGAGUUUCUUGUCGGAUCCUUGUCCCCUUCCGGAGCAGAUCAAGAAGCGUGCUCUAGUGGAGAAGGAACGGCUGAUCUAUGCGCCGUUUUCCGGCGUCGGCGGAAUAGUCUAUGACAAGGACGCCGUUUACGUGGAGCUGGGCGGCAGUCAUUCCUACAAACAAGAGGACACGGGUCUAGCUGGUGCCUUAAUGGACACGCAAGAAACGCUGGACCAGAAACUGCAGCGCAGUGAACUGCAAUUGUUCAGUGACGCCGCGCCGAUUAAGUCACAGGACGUAAACGACAUCAUGGCAUCGUACACCGGCACAUUGGUGACGGAGAACGGCAGAGUUCGUCGGAAAGUGAUAUUCAAUGAUGAAGUAUUUGAGAACGAUUCGGAUGAAGAUCAUGACGAUGACAAUAACGAUGACGAUAACGAUGACGAUAAUGAUGACGAUAACGAUAACGGUAACGAUGACAAUGCCGAGGAUGACGAGGAUGAAUCGAGCGAUGAGGAAAUAAUACAAUUUAAUGAGAAAAACAGCAAAAGAAAAAGAAACGAAGAAGAUACACACAAUAAAAAGAAGAAACUUUCGGUCAAUGUGGAAGACGAAAGUAAUGAUAUAAAUCUUGAAGAAGAGGAAGAAGAAGUUGUGGACGAAUUAAAAUGGAAGAUGAACUUAGCUGAAAAAGCGAAAGAAGCAUUCAUAAAUCGUCAACAAAGUAAUAAGAACUUGAUGAAACUAGUCUACGAUUCACUUGACAAGAAUGACUUAUCGGGGGAGACAAAGGAAGAGGAAGAGGACAACGAGAUCGGUGAAAACAUAGGUAUGAUACUGCGAACGGUUCAAAAGGAACAAAAAAAAAAGAUCCAGGACCGGGAGCUACAGGAUCAAGAGGAGUCUGUGUUCUUCACAACAGAGAGUCCGCGUAAUUGGCUAGAAGAGGCAAACAAGGCAUUACUGCUGAAUCUUUUCGUGACAGGUAAAUGGAAGGAAUCGGAGGAUGCCGAGGAGCUUCUGAAACUGGACGAUCUAGACGACAACGAGGAGAUGUACGGCGAUUUCGAGGACUUCGAUACCGGGCGAAAGCACGAGAGCGGAACUCAAAAGACAUCCAAAGACUUACCAGCAGACGAAAUAGAUGAGAAAAAGAAGCUGCUGGAGAAAAAAAGGAAACUGAAGGAGCAGUUCAACGCAGAGUACGAUAAUUCGGAGACGAAGACGUACUACGACGAACUGAAAGCUGAGGUCGAGAGGCAGGCAGCCAUCAACAAGUCGGAGUUCGAAGGCUUGGACGACAACAUGAGAGUGCAGCUGGAGGGCUACCGGCCCGGGAUGUAUGUGCGCGUCGAGAUCGAGACAGUGCCGUGCGAGCUGAUCACGCAGUUGGAUCCAACAUAUCCACUUAUCCUAGGCGGUCUGUUGCACGGCGAAGAGAAUAUUGGUUACGUGCAAGCGCGCGUCAAAAAGCACCGGUGGUACUCGCGAAUUCUCAAGAGUCGCGAUCCACUUAUUUUCUCGGUGGGCUGGCGGCGGUUCCAAUCGUUGCCGAUUUACUCAAAGCUGGAGGACAAUUUGCGCCACAGGAUGCUGAAGUAUACUCCGGAACAUGUGGCCUGUAUGAGCUACCUGUGGGGUCCCAUCACGCCGCAGGGCACCGGAAUAUUGGCAGUACAAGACAUCGCCAGCAGAGAGCCAGGCUUUCGCAUUGCGGUGACCGGCUCGAUUGUAGAGACGGAGAAAAGUGUGCAUGUGGCGAAGAAGCUUAAACUUACCGGUGUACCUUUGAAGAUCUACCGUAAGACUGCGUUCAUCAAGGAUAUGUUCAACAGUGCGCUGGAAGUCGCUAAGUUCGAGGGCGCCAAAAUCAAGACGGUGUCGGGUAUCCGUGGCCAGAUUAAAAAAGCAGUGGCCAACCCAGAGGGCUGCUUCCGCGCUACGUUCGAGGACAAGAUACAGUUGAGUGACAUAGUGUUCUGCCGCACGUGGUACAAGGUUGACGUGCCGCGCUUCUACAACCCGGUGACGUCGCUGCUGUUACCACUAGCGGAGAAGAAUCAAUGGCGAGGCAUGAAGACCACCGGACAACUGAAGCGGGAAAAUAACAUCCGCGCCGAAGCCAACAGAGAUUCCAUGUACACGUCGAUCCAACGAGAAGUCAAGGUGUUCAAGCCGCUAUUCGUCCCACGAAAGUUGCAGAAGGAAUUGCCGUACAGAGACAAGCCGAAACCUAAAUCGUUACCCAAUCGCAAUCCCAAAUUCGGACCAGGCAGAGUCGCCGUGGUGCGGGAGCCCAGUGAGCAGAAAGUUGCACGUCUCAUGAGAAUGAUUAGGACGAAUUAUGCGCGCAAGCAGCAGCAGCUCAAGGAGGCGACAACGAAGAGAAUCACGGAUUACCAAGCGCGAGUCGCGGCGGAGGAAGCUAAGAAGAUGAAAAAACAGAGAGAAGUGAAGAAAGAAAUAUUUAGAGAUCUGAGUAAACUAGAAAAGAAGAAGAAACGAUGAAGCAUUUGAAAAAGUAUAUAAACGUUUACUUCAUCGUCUUUUUCCUCUUCUCCUUCCUUUUCCCCAUCUUUGUUUCGAAAUUCGGAAAUUUUAAUUAAUAUUUUAACAAAAUCGGCAUAACUGAGACACAAACUAUUCUAAAUUUCUUUAGCCAAGAUUUUAACCGAAAUGGUUAGCAGAUAGUAACAAAGAAGAACAAAAAUUUAAUAUAAUGAUAAGAGGUUAGAAAAUAGUCAGAAUAGGAAGCAGAGUUAGAAUUUUAUAAAGGAGAAUUUAAAGACAGAGUAUAUGGUAUUUAGAUGUAGGAGUGAGCCUGUGAUAAUUGCGAAGAUUGAGGAUUAAAAAAGAGAAAUUGAGAAUGUAAAAAGUAAAAAUAGUAGGAUAUAAGUUAAAUUUGAAUGUGUUGAAUGUAUUAGAUUUUAAGUAAAAUAAGAUAUGGAUGAAUAUGUGGUGUUGAGGAAUAAUUUUUAAAUCAAGUCCCUUCUUGGCAUGUAAGCUGAAAUAAUAAAUAUAUAUAUAGUAUGCAACAAUAUUGACAUAAGUCGAUAGCGAUUUUUAUUCAAAAUAAUAUAUAUUUUUACAGGAAAACAACUCGUAUACAUAUUGGAGGGAGAAAUAUAAAAAAAAUAAAAAAAUAUUCGGUGGAUAUAUUAAUAUACUUACUUAUACAGAGUGUCUCAGACAUCCAUGAUAACCCAUGUUGUGAGAACGUAGAACGGAUUGAGGUGAGCAAGAAAGUCCGUGCCGUUUUGCGAUAUUCGCAAUAGCUUUUGAGAAAUUAAUUAUUUUGUCUCAGCUAAUGAGAGUAGAGGAAGCGCAAGUCGAAAGAAAGAUGUCUUCGGCCGGCGCGCGAACGUAAUACACGCGAAUCGUGACUCGCUGCGUCCCUCCGCCUAUAGCUACGAACAUAGCGAGGGUUUGAUACACAUGUCAUGACAUCCGUGUGCCAAAUCGACGCUGAAUCUAAGUGUGUUGCCGCUUCGUUGUUCAUCUCUACAUAUACAUAUACAGCCGAAGCAACGACACGUUUCGAUUCGACACACGGAUAUGUCAUGCAUAAGUGUUAGUAUAUCAAGCUUCGCUGUGUCUCGUAGCUACGGGCGGAGGGUCGCAGUUGCACUCUCAUGUGGUCAUCAAAAUCUUCGAACUUCGACUUUUUGAUGCCUGCCUUUUGACCUCAGCUUUCAGUUUGUUGUAGUAUGAUUUUGUCUGCGAAUUGUCGUACUAUGCGUCGAAUUGCUCCUUCAGUUUGCCCUUUUCUCCAGCAGCUUCUUCUCAUCUAUUUCGUCUGCUGGUAAGUCCUCGGGCGUUUUUCGAGUUUCGCUUUCGUGCCUUCUGCCGGUAUCGAAGUCCUCGAAAUCGUAUAUAUCCUCCUCAUUAUCGUCAUUAUCUCUAUGUCAUCCAGCUUCAGAAGCUCCUUGGUAUCCUCCGAUUUCUUCCAUUUACCUGUUACGAAAAGAUUCAGCAAUAAUGCCUUGUUCGCCUCUUUUAGCCAAUUGCGCUCUCUGUUGUGAAGAACACAGACUCCUCUUGAUCCUGUAGCUCCCCGUCUUGGAUCUUUUGUUCCUUUUGAACCGUUCGCAGUAUCACACCUAUAUCUUCAAUGACCCUAUUGUCCUCUUCCUUUUCCUUUGUCUCCCCCGAUAAGUCUUAUCGAGUAAGUCGUAGACUAGUUUCAUCAGGUUAUAAUCAAAGGUACAUAAACGUUAACCAAAUAAUUAUAAGCAAUUUCUAAGAAAUGUAAAUAUAUCUCUCAGAAUAAGAAACUAAGGAGUAACUGC